AUGCUCCUGAGCCUGCUGUACACCCUCGGCGUCGCCCUCGCACCGCUGCCGCUGCGCCGCAGCAGAACCGCACUGCCCAGGAUGUGCGACCAGUCCUCGCUUUCCCAGCCGGCGCAGGCCGACGCGGCCGACGCGGCCGACGCCCUCGCGCUGCACCGGCGGCUCAAGCUCCGCUCUGAGGUUGAGGACGAGUUCGGCAGGGCGCUGAAGGAGGGCCUCGAGGUGUGCGCGCACUCGCUCCGCCUGUACGGCCCGGCGCGUGUCGUCACCAGCUUCAACGGCGGCAAGGACGCCGUCGCCAUCUUGCACUUGAUGCGCGCGGCGCUCGCGGCGCACAGCGAGGCGGCGGGCGGGCCGCGAGAGCGGCUGCGCGUCAUCUUCUUCGAGCAGCGGGACGAGUUCCCCGAGGUCGACGCCUUUGUGCGCGACGCCGUCGAGCGCUACGACCUCGAGCUCUGCACGUACUCGGAUGGCUUUGCCGCCCAGAAGCCGAAGACGCACUCUUGCUUUGCCGCCGGGCUGGAGAGCUGCAUCGCGGAGCACGGGUCGGCGGCGUUUGUGCUUGGCACGCGGGAGGGCGACCCGAACGGGUCCGGGCAGGGCGCCUUCGAGCCCUCCUCCACUUGGAUGCCCCCUUUCAUGCGCGUGAACCCCGUGCUGCUCCUAGAAGCGGAAGACGGAUUCCUGCCUCCCAAAGCGACUCACGACCUCGUCAUUACCUCUGGUGGCGUCGGCCCAACGUGCGACGACGUCACGCUGAAGGCGGUGGCCGCCGCCUUCGGCACACAACUGGCUCCCUCCGAUGCGAUGCGAGGCGCCAUUCGCGAGCGACUGAGCGGCGAGGGCUCGCCGGGCGGCGCUCUAAUCAAUCGAGGCGCGCGGCUGCGCGAUUUGCCGCCGGCGCCGGGCGCGCGGGGCGAGGCGAGCGGGGCGGUGGGGCACGUGUUUGUGCUUCCUGGCGUGCCUGCCUUCUUCGCCGCCAAGGUGAACGGUCUCGUCGCGCACCUCGUUAGCGGAGGCGCUCCCCCGUGCCACCGCUCUCGGACCAUCUCGGCGAACCUCGCGAUCUCGGCCAAUCUCCCCCUCGUCACGCUCGAGGCGGAGGCGGGGUCGGCGGCGGAGGUCGAGGCGGCGCUGGCGGACUUGGUGGCGGCCGUCGACCCCGCCGCCAUCCUCAAGACGGAGUGA